AUGAAUGACCACGCGCUUGAAGGCGAUGUCUCCGUUGAUGCAAGAGAUGCUCACCAAGAUAAAAUACCUUUUGACCCUUCGGCCAUGACUAUCAAAGCCAGACAUGAAAGAGCCAUGGAAGUGACAAGCCAGGCAAAGAAACUUGCCCAAGAGAUGGAAAAGAUCGAUGCAGAAGGCCCCCAGCACUAUCGCGAGUGGAACAGAUGCAAUCGCCGAUACCUCAGACUGCAAAAGCGAAUGGGAAAUGUAGAAGAGCCUCUUAUCUUGGACUUUGACGAUACAGCUCAGCUGCAGAAGGCGUCCGACCUACUUGCUCUUGACACACAAAGAGCCAACGCCCAACUGGCCAUGGUACAGAUUCGACAAAGGAUGUUAGAGAUUGAGGCGGAGAUCAAAGAGUUGUACAUAGAAUUCACAAUUCUGACAGGUGGUCGGGCGACGUCCUCUUUUGCAAAGGACCUGGAAUGGUUUGUUGAAGAAGAGAAAAGGCAUCACAAGAUCAGAAAGGAUCUCGGGGAGCAGAUGCUCAAGAGUGCCGGCAUUGGACAGGAUUGA